CCCAGCGCCAUGCUCUUUGCUUUGCUGUAUGGGCCAUUGUUUUUCUUAAUAUGGCAAUUUUCUUUGGUUUUAGGUACCAAGAUUGACGAAAACAAUGUUUUUAUGGUCCAUUUGGAUCCCAAAUCUGACCCAUAUUCAACGGCUGAUGCAAUUGGUGCUGUUUAUGUUCGCCCUAUGCGAAAUUUAGAAAAUCAUCACCUGUUUACCUUGAAUAUAAACGACUCUAGUAAAACUACAUUGAAAAAAAGAAAUGCUGAGCUUGGCGUAUUGGAUUUUGAACAACAGAUCCCAAGAUGGCGAUACAAGCGUGAGGAGCCUACAGAUUCUACAAAGUUGCUAGAAGACUUUCGUGAUCAUUUUCAUUUAAAUGAUCCACUUUUAUCGGAACAAUGGCACAUUCUUAAUUAUGAAAAGCCUGGUCAUGAUUUGAACCUGCGAGAAGUCUGGGACGCAGGUAUUUUAGGAGAGAACGUAACGGUAGCUUUCGUUGACGAUGGUAUAGAUUUUCGUCACCCAGAUCUGCAAGCGGCUUAUACUUCCCUUGGCUCUUGGGAUUUUAAUGAUAAUAUGGCUGACCCCUUACCUAAAUUAUCUGAUGACCUACACGGUACGCGUUGUGCAGGAGAAGUCGCAGCUUCUUGGAAUGAUGUUUGUGGUGUAGGAAUUGCACCAAAAGCCAAAGUAGCUGGUGUGCGUAUCCUCUCAGCUCCCAUUAAUGAUGUGGUUGAGUCAGAAGCAUUAAAUUAUGGUUUUCAGACGAAUCACAUUUACUCAUGUUCAUGGGGUCCUGCAGAUGAUGGAAGGGCUAUGGAAGCACCUCGUUUGGGUACAAGACGCGCACUUGUGAAUGGCGUAAUUAACGGAAGAAAUGGUCUGGGUUCUGUUUUUGUCUUUGCCUCUGGGAAUGGCGGCCAUUAUCGUGACAACUGUAACUUUGAUGGUUACACAAACAGUAUAUUCAGUGUUACCGUGGGCGCUGUUGACAUAGAGCAUCAAGUUCCUUUUUACAGCGAACUAUGUGCUGCCCAGCUUGUCUCUGCCUACAGUAGUGGCUCUCAUCACUCGAUCGCAACAACGAAUCCAGAGGGGACCUGCACGAAAAGUCACGGAGGAACAUCUGCAGCUGCUCCGCUUGCUUCUGCUGUCUACGCCUUAGCUUUAUCAAUUCGACCAGAUCUAACUUGGAGGGAUAUACAGCAUAUUACUGUGCAUUCGGCAAUCCCAUUUGAUAGUCCCUCGAAUGUUGAGUGGACAAAGACUCCUGCUGGAUUCAAAUUUUCUCACAAAUUUGGUUUUGGAAAACUCGAUGCGAAGCGGUUUAUUGAAACCGCAAGCGAUUGGCAACUUGUUAAUCCCCAAACUUGGCUUGUAAGUCCACAGAUCGUGGUCGAUAAGUCGAUUAAUAAAGCAGAAAACCUAUCCGACAGUGAGUUGAUCAGUGAGUAUGUAGUAACGGAAGAAAUGAUUGAAAAAAGUAAUUUUAAGGGUGUGGAACAAAUAACCAUUAAAGUUUCAAUUCCAUUUACCUGUCGAGGUGCAAUGACAAUUGAACUAGAAAGUCCUGCUGGUAUUAGAUCUAUGUUAGCUAGUCUUCGUCCUUACGAUCAAAAUAAUGAAGGAUUUCCUGAAUGGACGUUUAUGACUGUUCAACAUUGGUCAGAACCCAUUUUAGGAAGUUGGAAGCUUAUCGUCCGUGAUCAUAGCAAUGGUUGUUCUGGACGUUUCAAUUAUUGGCAGUUGGCUUUCUGGGGUGAAUCUCGAGAUCCUUCCUUGACUAUAGCUAUCCCGUAUGACACUUUAAAUCUUCCCUCAGAAGGGGCACUGGGAACGUUUACAGAGAAACAGCCCAACUCAACGAGUACUACACCCAUCCCACUAUCUACUUCUUUUACUUCUCAUAUAGUUUCUCCUACCGCUACUUCCACCACCUCAAGUCCUUUUACUGUUCCUUCCUUUACUCCUUUCAUACCAACCGUUUUAGAAACAUCGUAUAGAGAGAUGCUGGCUUUCACAAUGUUUUUCCUACUACUUGCAUUUGUUUUGUUAUCUGUAAUAUGGGUUUGGAUUUGUUCGUUUUUUAAUCUGUCUCCGGUUCCGAUGCCUGCUCAAGAAAUUCCUGACGUGUAGCUCGUCUGAUUCGCUCUUUAUUAUUUCAUAAAAUUUGUUCAUUUUUGUAGAUCUUUGUUUUUAAUAUUUCUUAAUUUAAUACAUUUUUGGUUAUUGAAAGAAUAUCAUAUCGUGU